CGCCGCGGCCGCCGAAGCUGCUCGUCCCCGCUCCGCCCGCCGGCUCCGCCCCGCGCUCUGCUCUCCGCCCGCCCGCCUCCCCGCCGCCAUGAACGGGCAGCUCAACGGCUUCCACGAGGUGUUCAUCGAGGAGGGCACCUUCCUCUUCACCUCCGAGUCCGUGGGCGAGGGGCACCCAGAUAAGAUCUGCGAUCAGAUCAGCGAUGCCGUGCUGGACGCCCACCUCAAGCAGGACCCCGACGCCAAGGUGGCCUGCGAAACGGUUGCAAAGACGGGGAUGAUCCUGCUGGCGGGCGAGAUCACCUCCCGAGCUGUCGUGGACUACCAGAAGGUGGUUCGGGACACGAUCCGGCACAUCGGCUACGACGACUCCUCCAAAGGCUUCGACUACAAGACGUGCAACGUGCUGGUGGCCCUGGAGCAGCAGUCCCCGGACAUCGCGCAGGGCGUCCACCUGGACCGCAGCGAGGAGGACAUCGGUGCCGGCGACCAGGGCCUGAUGUUCGGGUAUGCCACGGACGAGACGGAGGAGUGCAUGCCCCUCACCAUCGUGCUGGCCCACAAGCUGAACGCGAAGCUGGCCGAGCUGCGGCGCAACGGCACCCUGCCCUGGCUGCGCCCCGACUCCAAGACGCAGGUGACGGUUCAGUACAUGCAGGACCGCGGCGCCGUCAUCCCCAUCCGCGUGCACACCAUUGUCAUCUCGGUGCAGCACGACGAGGAGGUGUGCCUGGACGAGAUGCGCGACGCCCUGAAGGAGAAGGUGAUCAAGGCCGUGGUGCCGGCCAAGUACCUGGACGACGACACCAUCUACCACCUGCAGCCCAGCGGCCGCUUCGUCAUCGGCGGCCCCCAGGGUGACGCCGGCCUCACCGGCCGCAAGAUCAUCGUGGACACCUACGGGGGCUGGGGGGCCCACGGCGGCGGCGCCUUCUCCGGGAAGGACUACACCAAGGUGGACCGCUCGGCCGCCUACGCCGCGCGCUGGGUGGCCAAGUCCCUGAUCAAGGCCGGGCUGUGCCGCAGGGUGCUGGUGCAGGUCUCCUACGCCAUCGGCGUGUCCCACCCGCUCUCCAUCUCCAUCUUCCACUACGGCACGUCCCAGAAGAGCGAGCGGGAGCUGCUGGAGAUCGUCAAGAAGAACUUCGACCUCCGCCCCGGGGUGAUCGUCAGGGAUCUGGAUCUGAAGAAGCCCAUUUAUCAGAGGACUGCAGCCUAUGGCCACUUUGGUAGGGACAGUUUCCCCUGGGAAGUUCCCAAAAAGCUAAAGUACUAAAAAAUAACAAGUGUUAGGCUUUUUUCCCCACUCCUGUUGGCGUAGGCUACAGAGAAGCUUUCAGGCUCUGGGGGAAAGAGCUCCUCUGCCCUCAGCUCUCCUGUCCUCCCUCUGCUCUCGCCCACCGCUGUCUGUCGCCAGGAUUUCGGUUGCGUGGGGACCACACGCGGCCUCGUGCCUCUCCCCGGGCCCCCCCCGGCCCGCGGGGGCGAGCUCCCUGCCCGCCCCACGGCCGCCGUGCCCCCCCCCCCCUUGGCUUCUUUUUAAUCUCGUGACGUCUGAGCUCCGAGACGGUGCCCCCCAAACUCUCGCUGUCCUGCGGGGGCUUCCCCGCGCCCCCCCGGGUCCCGCCGGGACCUCGCUGGUGCUGGUUCUUAACCGGAUUUUAACCUCUCCGCUCCCACCUCUUUCUCUCUUCCCCUCUCGGAGGAUGUACGUGACACGGGGCUGGGGGGGGGCAGGCGUUAAAGCCAAGCCCACCCCCGUCCCACAUGCGGGUUUGGUACCAGAGGAAACCUUUUUCUUUCUUUCUUUUCUUCUCUUUUUUUUUUUCUUUAUAAGAAAGCUGAAGUUGAACCCACAACUGCACAACCCCCUCCUCCUGCCCGAGCUCUGCGCUGGGGGGGCUCGGCCGAGCUUUUUGGGGGGGAAAAGGGGGGGGAAUCGGCCCUUCAUACUUGAACGUUUUUUCUAGUGGUGUAUUUAUUGUGUGCUGAGGCGCGGGGCGUGAGUACAGAGAAGCCCCCGGGCUCAGACGGCAGCUCUUGAUUUUCCUGAAAGCCCCCCUGCACCCUGACCCCGCCUUUCCCCCACCCCGGGAGGCCGCGGCGGCCUCCGAAACGGGGUGAAAAAGGAGGGGAUUGGGUUGUCCUGGGGGAGAUGGAUGGGGGCAGGCAGCUUGGGGUGGCUGGCCCCGGGAGCGCGGCGCAUUUGGCCGGUGUGGUACAGAGAAGCCGGCUUGUUUACCUGCCCGCCCCGGGGCCCGCGCCCCAGCACCCGCCUUAGUGGGGUGGGGGUGGCGGGGGGGCUUUCUCUCUUCUUCUCUUUUUUUUUUUUUUUUUUUCCCUCUUAAUAUUUUUCUGGAGGUUUUAUUACGUUUGUUUCAAUUUCACCGAUUCCAAAAAAAAAAAAAACAAAAACAAAAACCAACACGAAAACCAACUCAAUAAAACUGCUAGGUUCUA